AUGGAGGCAUACGGCGUAUCGCCCGUGAUCGAUGUCGACCGGGCAUACAACAUAUCGCAUAGCCAUGACCUGCAUUUGAGAACCGGCGAUGUCGGGAUUCUAAGAUCGACCAUACUGCCCUCAUUCGCUUUACACUCCGGUCUGUCUGUCGCGAGCUUCAUCGCCGCAAAAGCGACAGAUAGGGGCGAAAUUAAAGAUUGGAACUGGCCGUCUAGCCAGGUCAUCAACGCCUGGUGGAGCGCUCUCGGACGUCCUAUGUACUACAACAACAUAUCAUUCACCGACGCAUGGAGCAGUCUCCCAUGGACUGAGAAGGUCCUGCUGGGCGGCGUGACAGCUUGGGGUACACGACUCUUCUACCGCAUCGUGUCAAGGACUCUCGCCCGCGGAAAAGACGACCCCCGAUACGAUGAACUAAAAGCCAAGGACCCCGCGGGAUUCUGGAAAACGGCAUUCUUCAAGCUAUUCGCUCCCGAGGCAGUGUUUCUCACGUUCAUCUCGUUGCCGUUUACCCUGCCUUUCUGCAUGACGCACUCGGCUAUCUCGGUUGAUCCGGACGUGUCCAAGAGUAUCCGCGCGUUGGGUGUGGGCUUGUUCAGUGCGGGUUUCGCGAUGGAGGUUAUGGCAGACACGCAGCUUGAGUUGCAUCGUGGAGAGCGGACGGAUCUCUGUCGUCAUGGUGUGUGGAGUAUUGUCCGGCAUCCGAACUACUUGGGUGACUCCCUGGUGCACUUCUCUUUCAUUCUCCUCAACGCCGCCAACACAUUCAACCCCCUUGUUCUCCUGGGCCCUAUCGCAAACUACGUGUACCUCCGCUUCGUGGGAGGCGACAAGCAGAACGAAGCCAGCCAAGAAGAGCGGUACGAAAAGGAAGAUCCGCAAAAGUACGCGCAGCUUUUGAGCUGGCGCAACGAGAAGAAUAGCUUCUGGCCGAGCGUUUCGGAGCUGGCGAAUCCGUGGACCUGGGCUGUGUUGGGGAGUGGGUUUAUUGGUGUUUUUGUGGAGGAGACUGCGAGGUGUUAUUUGGCGUAA